AUGUCUAAUGCUGCGUACUUACAGCUAGCUGGGAUCUCGUCGUCUGUUUUUGCCUUACAAGAGGUGCAUCAGUCGUUGGACGAGCUUCGCUUCUUCUUGCGGCGGAUCGCUCCAGAGGUCAUUGUCUUCGGCCCGUUCGACACUGACGCCUGCGGCCAAGCGCGAGGUGGUGUGGCGACGGUGGUGCCGCUUUCUGCUAACUCGCUGGCGGCGUCUUCUUCUCGCUCGCUGGUUUCAGGUCGGGUGCUCAAGACGUGGCUGGUUGGAGCACAUGCUGAGAUUCGCCAUUACAACGUGCACAACCACGACCUUCAUCAGGGCGAUGUUCAGCGUAUAUCUGCUCUCAUUUCAACAGGCUUGGAGUGGGCACAAGCUGACCCUCAGUCAAGAUUGGUAGUAGUUUGUGGUGAUUUCAACUUUGCUGCAUCGGAGCCACUACACCUUUCUCAGCCGAGCCUGAAGCGAUCGACCCGUCCGACCAACAACAAUCGCACGCAUAUGAAGAGCUGGUUGGUGGCGCUGGGCAAGAUGAUUGAGAUUUCGGCGGAAGACCCUACGCACUAUUGCAAGGAAUCUCAUACUGUAGCUCAGCUUGAUCGUCUUUGGUUAUCCGAGCCUGGAUGGGUCGCCUGUCAACUUCGUCACUCUGCGGCUGUUGUUUCGUCCCCUGAGCGUCUCAGCGAACAGCGCAUUUCGGACCAUGCUGCCCUUCGGGUCCAUCUUCAGCAUCGCUCCCUUGACGAUAGCUAUCGGCGCCCUGUUCCGCGUUUUGUAUAUCUGUGCGAUGACUUUCGCGCCCGACUCGACAAGCUUCUGCGCCAAGGUGGGCGUUUCUUUACAGACAUGUCUCCACCUCGUCAGAUGGAGAGGUACAAGGUGCUUAUAGACGCAGCGGCAUAUGACACGCUCCAGCAAAUACUGGUUACUGACAUCGACAAACCUGAAGCCCAGCUGAUUUUCGCUCGGCAAGCUGCGCGCGCUAUUUGGCGGCAGGAUGCGCGGCUGGCUCAGAAGGUUGCCAACUCAUCCGAGGUCUUCGAUAGCUGCGUCAACAUCACCCCCGAGGGGCUGGUCGGGUGGAUACCAUUCAACAUCGAGCGGCUGAGCAACAACUCGCAGUUCUCCAAAAAGGUGCUCUACAUGGGAAAGCCACAUGGCCGUUUCUUGAAGAUCUUCGGAUUGGGUUGGAGCUCGAACAUCGUGGUCUCUUUCGUGCAUGCGCUGAUGAUAUCGGUGGAGUGUUAUUCGCAUUGGUGGACCUGCGGUUCUUGGCACGGGUCAUGGCGGUGGCUGAAAAAAAAUGCCAACCUGAAGCUCAAGCCACCGGAGUGCGUUAUCGCCCCGCUCGCGGGGGCGUUUGGCGGCGAACUGAGGGACGGAUUGCGAAUGGGGCUUGAACAACUGGUGCCGCGCUGGCUCGCCUUUCGCAUCGAGGCGAAGCUGCUCUACCUGGGCAUGUGGAGUGCGCGGUUGGCGGAAUUAGGCUCUUUGGUGCAAUCAUGGGCGCGCAAUUGGCUGUGCUCGUUCUUCUUCGUUGCCAAUGGCCUGACAGAUUUCGAAGACUGGAUGAAGUGGACAACGGACUUCCUGAGCAUCGUCUUUCGCUACAAGCGCUUCGUGGGAUUGUUCAGCGAGUGGAAAGCAGCUGCGGCAUUCGCUCGGGUCGCGUCGGCGCUCGGCCACUCGUUGGUGCUGCGGGAGGUGACCCUCUUCCUCAGUUCCGCCCUGGACACCCUCAGAUUGUGGCUCUUCGGGAAAGCGAGUACUAGCGGCAGCGACUUUCAGCAGUGGGUGGAAUGGUGCGUUCCUUACACCGCGAACACGUUGCGAUAUGGCGGUUUCGAAGAUAUUCUGCAAUACCCUGCCAACACGAUGUCGGACGGGGCGAAGCGCUGGGAGCUUGCCAUUGAUCUUUGCUUGCAUGGGUGGCACCAAGGCGCUAUACCGAGGGAGCGGUUCCGUCAACAACUCAGCGACCCGUGGCCGCCCAAUGAACGGCGCCGGCUUGCAGCGCUACGGCGCCAGGGGUUGGCGCACCUGCGGCAGUUGGAUUGGUGCCCUGAUGUCACGAGGAUGCCACCAGAAGAGCGCGAGAAUUUUCAGCUAGUUCGCCGCGCGUUCUUUCCUGGCCCUGCAAAGGGUGCGGCCCCUGAUUUGCUCCUGCUUCCACACCUUCAUGAGCAAGCCCUUCUGGAUGCCGCGUCAGCAGCUGCCUCUGCCCAUCUGCCUGACGAGGACAACGAAAGUAUUGAUGCGGACGGCUAUCCCAACCCAACCGACGAGGACAUCGAGAGUAUGGUCGAGGCUGCCAAUGCCACGGCGGCGCCUGCACCUGGGGGUUCUCCGCCGCACGAGUACGAGAAUGAGACAAUGGAUGCUGGAGAGUUCUCGCCCCACUUCGGCCCCAUCCUCACCGACGAAGAGUUUGAAGCGCAAGCUCUCGAUUGGAUGGCGAUGCUGAGGACGUUCCCGCUCCUCCUGUACUCGGUGCCGAGUUCACCGCCGACACUGAGGGGGUGGAGCCUUCGGCUGGUUCGGCGGCUGCGUCCUUGCCUGGUGGUGUACUUCCUGCGGGUCAAGGGCAACAUGGAUCGCUGCCUGUGCCUGCUCCAGUCCGCCCUGUACCUGUUUCUGCUGGUGAUCUACCACCUGCUGAAGAUCAUCUUGACGGCGAGACAGAAGUGCGAGGCCGAGGCUCUGGCGGCAUGGCAAAAGUUCUACGGCGCGCAGCAGCAGGAUGGUGCCUGCCCGCUCCCCGCCUCUGGCUUCGACCGCGAGCAGGGCCACGCGUGCCAUUUCAAAGACGCCAAGCUCCAAACUUUCAAGGUGCUCUUCGAGGGCAAGGUGCUGGGGAGCAUGCGGGGCACCAAAUGUUUGGAGUGCAACACGGGCAACAGCAAUAUGUAUAUGUACCACUGUCACGGCAGAGCCAACCGGCAGUGGUACAUCGACGGGGAACAGAUGAAGACGAAGUGGGACGACAAGUGCCUUGACUACAGCUUCGACGGCCGGUGCUUCGAGCAGGGCUCGAUUUUGUGA